AUGCUUAUGAAACAACUUUAUGAUCCUGUACGACAAGUCUAUUGUAUUCCACGGAAUCGAAUGUUUUUUGAACUGAUCGUUUUUUAUGUAAAUCACGGAAUUCUAUCGAAACCGAUCGAUAUACCACUAGUAAAUUUUCUAAAACAACUCAAAAUCCCACGUUUCGAUUUUCUACAUCAGGACUUGUAUACGGAAGAACUGAAGUAUUACUUUUCCGAUAAUGAAUUUUUAACGAAUUUAAAGAGAAAAUACGAUAUUCCUCAAUUGUACGAGACGACGGAAAUCCGUUAUUUAUCUCGGCCGGGAAAGAAACGGUUCCUUUGGCGCGCAAUCGAAUACAACGAAACUUUAUUUGGCCCAUUUUAUCGUUUUUCUUACGGUUUAGUUUGUCUCAUUUCGAUAUUUUUAUUUCUCUAUGAAAUCAUCGUUACUCGAAACGAACACUUCAUUAAAUUUACCGAAAGAUACCGUGGCUAUGUGCAAAAUUCCAUUCAUCCAGUCAAUAUCACUGUUCAGUUCAUUGAUUAUCGUCCACAGAUGACAUCUUGGUGUUUUCGGUCGGAAAUUCUUUUCGCUUCUCUCUGGACAUUUGAAUUAUUCGUACGAAUAUACUCCGCACCGAACUUUCGAUUCUAUAUCAAAUCAGCCUUAUUCUGGAUUGACAUAGUUAAUUUGCUUAAUACGUUGAUUUAUAUUCUUCUGGGAUUUGCGCACAACCAACAGAAGGAAUUACAAACCGAUUAUAUCAAAUCUGUGACGCUGUAUUUUCAAAUGAUUGAUAUUUUCAAAACAUUAAGAAUGAUCAAACUUGGAAGAUAUCAUCGAUCGAUCAAAUUAAUCAUUGAAUCCCUCGGGAAAGCUUCGAUGGAGUUUCUAACCUUAUGUACCGUUCUAUUCGGCACCGCUUGUGUAUUUGGUACGAUUAUUUAUGCAAUAGAACGAACAACAAAUCCCACAUCAACUGUCCUAUUUCCGAAUGUUGGUACAAGUGUUUAUUACACAAUCUUAGCAAUCACAAACGUUGGUUUCGAAGGAUUUCUACCUUCGACUUAUUUAGGUAAAUGGAUGGCUUGUGCAGCAAUUACAAUUGGAAUAUUAUCAAGCGCAUUAACACUACCACUGAUUCUGUCACCGUAUAAUCGACAAUUACUUAUGAAGACUAAAACUGUUAUCUAUCGUGAUGAAUUCGAUGUCGAACUAUCGCACGAUGAUUUUGAUAGGGACGCGCAGGCGUCGAUAUUUAACCAACUUACAAAACUUGAUUUCAUCUUUGGUCAGUCGUCAUUAUUGAAAACGUUUGUUUUUUUUAAAAUGAAUUGGAGUGAACUUUUUAUAUAA